CUGGCAUCACAGUUUUUUUGUUCCGUGCGGCGUGCCGGCUCUUCAGCGGCAGCAAUGGGCUGUGUCCGGGUGCUGGGUGAGCUGGCUGCGUGCGCUUUCGUGAUAGAUCUCACUCACAAGCUGACAGGCCACUCACAAGAGCUUCUCCUGAUUCCCCAGCCAGGCUCGCAGGGAGUGUCUUUUCCUUCUUUUGGUUUUCCCUCACACCCAUCUGUGAGUCAAGGGCAGAUAUCGAACAUCGGGAAAUGAUGAGCCCCAGCAGUCAAGCUAAUCAUGCCAAUGCCUUACUUCCGUACUCCAAAGAUCCCCGAAGACCAGAAACCCAUCGAACCCUCGGGACCUAUCCCAUGGACCGUGGGACCGUGACCCCGCGGGACCCACCGAGGUGAAUAGUACCAAGCACGCGGAGCGAGCAGCUGUUCCGAUGCCCACUUUGCUGACGGAUCGUACCAACACGACCACGAUGUCGUGGGCGGAUGACAUUGAAGUCGCCUCAUACCUGUCCAUUUCCUCCAUGCCGUCGGGUAUCUCUCAGAUGCCAACGAUCUCGGUGUGUCAGACCUCCAGUUGGAUGAUGUCCACCAACAGCCCGACGGUGGACAAGGAGAGCCUGUGCAAUCAUGUCGACACCUACACUCUCGAGGAGGAUCGACGGAGUCAGCUGGAUCCGGCCUUUUGCCGCGAGGAUGGAAACGAGUCAGAGGAAGAAGAGGACUUCACCGAGAUGCGCCUGUGACGCGAAUGUGAUUUCUCGGUGCGAGAAGUCACCUUGCGAGGUUAGAGGAUCGGUUCACAGGUUGGAGAUUCUGGCAGGGAUCCAAGUACUGU